UGCUCCCAGCUCCACUGCAGAGAAACUCCACAGCCUCCGAGCUCUGCGAGGCCCAGACUCAGUGCCGCCCGCCCCCUGCAGCCUGUGCUGCAGCCUCCGGCCACCGGAGGGGGGCGAACCCACGUCAACCUGUUGUUUGUCCCGUCCCCAUUGAUCUAGUUAGCGCCACAAGGAAGUGCGGCACCCACACGCGCUUGGAAAGUUCAGCAUGCAGGAAGUUUGGGAAGAGCUGGGCGAGUAGCUGGGCGGCCCAGGCAGCUCUGGAGGAGAAGGAGCGGGGCGGAGCAGCAGAGGUCCACCGGCCCAACCCGGUGGGCUUCAUUUAUUUGUAUAUUUAUUCUGGAGCGACGCUGUCCCUGGGUCGCUGGUCCCAAAUGCACCGAGUCAUCUUCAUCUCCAUUCUUGUGUGCGCGAACUUUUGCAGCUAUCGGGACACUUUUGCGACUCCGCAGAGCGCAUCCAUCAAAGCUUUGCGCAAUGCCAACCUCAGGAGAGACGAGAGCAAUCACCUCACAGACUUGUACCGGAGAGAUGAGAACAUCCAGGUGACAGGCAAUGGUCACGUGCAGAGUCCUCGAUUCCCCGGCAGCUACCCCCGAAACCUGCUCCUCACAUGGAGGCUCCACUCGAAGGAGAAAACACGGAUACAACUGGCCUUUGACCACCAGUUUGGAUUAGAGGAAGCUGAAAACGACAUCUGUCGGUAUGAUUUUGUGGAAGUUGAAGAUGUCUCUGAAACCAGCACUGUGGUUAGAGGAAGAUGGUGUGGCCACAAGGAAAUCCCUCCAAGGAUAACAUCAAGAACAAACCAGAUCAAAAUCACAUUCAAAUCCGAUGACUAUUUUGUGGCAAAACCUGGAUUCAAAAUUUACUAUUCAUUUGUGGAAGAUUUCCAACCUGAGGCAGCCUCAGAGACCAACUGGGAAUCAGUCACAAGCUCUGUCUCUAAUCCCAAUGCAACCAAAUGCUCGGUGCAGCCGAAGGAGAUACAUGGGGUGUCCUAUCACUCUCCAUCAGUAACGGACCCCACGCUCACAGCUGAUGCUCUGGACAAAACAGUUGCAGAAUUCGACACUGUAGAAGAUCUGCUCAAGCACUUCAAUCCAGAGUCUUGGCAAGAUGAUCUGGAAAAUUUGUAUCUGGACACCCCUCAUUAUAGAGGCAGGUCAUACCACGACCGGAAGUCCAAAGUGGACCUGGACAGGCUCAAUGAUGAUGUCAAGCGUUACAGUUGCACUCCCAGGAAUCACUCUGUCAACCUCAGGGAGGAGCUAAAGCUGACCAAUGCAGUCUUCUUCCCACGGUGCCUCCUCGUGCAGCGCUGUGGGGGCAACUGUGGCUGUGGAACUGUCAACUGGAGGUCCUGCACCUGCACCUCGGGGAAGACGGUGAAAAAGUACCAUGAGGUAUUAAAGUUUGAGCCUGGUCAUCUCAAGAGAAGGGGCAAAGCUAAGAAUAUGGCUCUCGUAGAUAUCCAGUUGGAUCACCAUGAGCGGUGUGACUGUAUCUGCAGCUCAAGACCACCUCGAUAAGACACUGUGCAUAUCUGUACGUGAAGCAUGAAAAGAUCUUUAGAUUAAGACAUUGUAAGGGACCACUGUCCUACCUUAAGCAACCAAAAUUGCUUCUCAGCUACAACGCAGUGAACACAGGUGGAUAUCUCGCUUUGUUAGUGCCAUUGCAAGAAGAAGCAUGUAUCAUCAACUUCUUUAUCCAUAAAUAUAAAAAUUCAUUUAUUAACAGUAUGUGAAGAUAUGUAUGCCUACCCAGACACAUGUCUAUCUCUAUGUGUGUAAAUACAUGAAAUGCUUUAUUCAGUGUAUUUGCUGAGGUCGACCAGAGACAAAUGAUCAGAUUAUCGCUCAAUAAUUUUGCUAUAAUAAGGAAUGUGUCAAACAUAAUAAAACCUCUCUAAGAAAUUCAAAAUAUAAAUUUCUUAUGAAAUGUUUCAGAAAGCAUAUCGGGUCUUGCUUUCUUAAAGAAGGCAUUUGUCCGUUAAACAAAAGAUGCAAGUCUCUUAUGUUUAUAUCUUAAUUAUAUGGAAGAAAAUAAAGUUUUCAGGGAUAAAAGCAAGUAUUUAAAUAUUUUCUACAUGAGAUUCACUAUACACCUACAAAUGUGGACAGUAAUUAUCUGUCUCCAAAACAACACCAAAGUAAUACUCAGUUAUCAAACCCAAGUCCCCUUUUAUGUAUUUUGUCAAGCAAGCUAACUCAUUGAGCACCCUGCUUAAUGAAUUGCUCAGGGAGUGUUGUGAUAAUCUUUCAAGAGGCAAGCAGUAAGUUGCAACAGAAUAUUCUUUUUUUUUUUUCUCUUUCUAAAAUCUGCAGAAAAGCAAAUAUUCUCAGGAAUAGCAUGCCAUUAGUCUUCAGCCUUUCAACAUGUCAUUCACAGAAAGAUGUGAGAGUUAGAAAGGCAGAAAUAAGCAAAUAUUGACAUAACUGGGAAUUAAAUAACCUUUUGACAAGGUCCACAUUCAAAAAUGGGUCUAAGUUCUCCAAACCCUUCCAAUCAUUUUCUAUGUCUUACUUUUGUGUUGCUGUCUUUUCAAUAUGUACACAUGGACUUAUCAUGAUGUAUACAUAUAUAUAUAUAUAUAUAUAUAUAUGUAUAUCAGACAAGCCAUCAUGAAAUAUUUGUAACCUGAAAGUUUUCACAUGUUAACAAAAUAACUAACUUUUAUUGAUAUAAAUUCAUAAUUCUAUACUUAAGAUUUUCAAUAUGUAUUCUGAAUCAGUGGAAAUUAGAUGUGAGGUUUACUACCUUUUCCGUCUUCAGACCUUAUUCUAUAGAGCCAGACAUGAGUUGUGGAGGCAACAUUUGGUCCUGUUCUCCCACCAGAAAACUGUUUGCAUUGGUUAUUAGGAAUGAGAGCCAGUUUUCCUCAGUGGCUUCUCUUUAUCUAUGUUACAGAGACUUAGUUCAGAAAUGGGAAGUCAUACAUCACUCUCCAAAGCAAGAUGCUUAAGAGGGAACACUGAAGUUAGGUUGCCUGGGCUGCUCCCAGGGAACUACAUCCUUCUUCCUGCCUUGCUAGUAGAAAAGAGAAGUGAUUUCUUCUGUGAUUCCGUACUGUCCUGAACACAGGCCAGCUCAAUACAAGAUCAGUGCCCAGGCUGUGUUAGUGCAGUGUCACGAUUGGCUCAAACACACUUGCAUUGCCGAGUACAACGCCCUCCGAUGCAAGAUCCUGCCGUGCUCAGCAGACCUGCACUUACCGUCGCGUGCCUUCUAAAGGUUCUGUGCAGUUAUCUGUCAGAGUUUCUACUCAGUGAGCCUUAGAAUGAAAUCCUGCGUUGUCCAGUUGUCCAGUUGUUCAGCAAUGAGAUGUAGGUCAGGCCCGCGGUCAGAAGCCACCUUCCCUCCAUGGCCACUUGCAAGCUGUACAGGACACAGCUCACACCACAGAUGGGAACAUAAAACAUAAAGUUCUCUACCCAACUUUCAACAGACCUUCCAGGCUGCAGUGACCAGUUGAAGCCUUGCUAUCCCUUUGUUUACCAGCCGUACUGUGAACAGAUGUGUGCAUGAGGCGGCCUUCCCUUUCUUGAAUGUUUUGGUAAACCAUCUCCCUUGCUUAUCUCUUAUCCAUCCCAUAUCCAGCAUGUAGCAAAUAAAUCUGUUUCAUUGCCAUCAAAUGACUAAGAAUAAAAACAAACCACUGUACAAAUUACAUUUCACAGCAAACUAAUAAAUACGUGGUUCUGCAUGGCUCACUCACCUGGAACAAUGCCACUCAUUCAACGUGUUCUCAUAGGGCAGAACAGUUUCCUAAGCGGAGGGGUCUGAUGAUUUUUUUUUGUCAUAUCAGUAACAUGCAGCUUUUUCCUCGUACAGCAUUUUCUGUAGAAAUUUAAUAUGGCUCUUACCUUCAUAAAAAAAUAAAUACUGCUUUUGAACAAAA